GUAUAUCACGGCAUAAGUCUUUCAUGACAGUUAUGAGUUAACCCCAAAUAUCCACGGUAGAUGCCAUGCUUUAGGCACAAAAAUCAAGGGUUUUUAAGUAAUGAUUUCUGCUUAUAAAAAUUUCUUUGUAUUAAAUUCAAUUAGGAAAAGCAAUGUUUGCCAACUUGCGAUCAAGAGGAUCGGCACUAAAGUUACUUCCAUAAACGACACCACAUCACCACUACCCCAGGCCGCAUUAAAGAGCCGCAUCAUACCCGUCCCAGAAAUGGCCCCAACUGUGGAUAAGUCCCAGUAUGUGUUGCCUAUGGAUCAGCCAUUUGUCCGCCUUGAAAUCGAAGGGGCCUUCAAUGGAUUGUCUGAUCAGGAAAGGGUUUAUGCCCAUCAUAUUAGUAAGGCAUCAUGGGCCGGAGGUCUUGUAACUCUUUUACAGACCAGUCCGGAAUCUGCUCCAAUCUUUGUUCUCCUACAUAAACUGUUUUCUGCACCAAAGUUUAAAUGUGAGGAGUUCCUUGAAAAUGCCUUAAAGGCUGGCUUUACUAAUGAGGAAGUUAAAGCCUUUUAUAUUUAUGCGGCUGGAGUGUUUGCUAAUGCAGGAAAUUAUAAGGGGUUCGGCGAUACCAAAAUUGUUCCAAAUAUUGAGAAGGAACGCCUCGAACAACUGUUAGCCUUAAGCCCCAUAUGGACUGAAUUAAAACCUAUAUGGGACCAAGUGAAAGAUGUCAUUUAUGAUUUAGGACCAGGCAAAACUUGUUUAGGGUUUAAUCCUGAGGGUGUAACAACAUACCUGUCAAAAAACGUAACUAUUGAUGAUACCCUAAUAGUACAAAACUGGCUAAAAAGUAAAAAUAUGGAGUGCUACAACACCAGACUGUUUAAAACAGAAAAAGAGGGCAAAGUUAUUUAUGAAAUUCGUAUGGCCUCGGAGGAAAAAAGGGCCCCACAAGUGUUCCAAGAAGGCAACAUAACCUACAAUAUCACUUACGGGGAUUAUAGCCCCCUGAUGGGACUGGUAGCCAAAAAUCUGGAAGCGGCAGUGCCUCAUGCUGCCAACGACACGGAAAAGGAAAUGCUGAAGAGUUAUGUCAGUAGUUUCAAAGGGGGCGACUUGGAGGACCAUAAGACCGGUUCGAGGUACUGGAUUAAAGAUAAGAGUCCUGCGGUGGAGAAUUAUAUUGGGUUCAUAGAAACUUACAGGGAUCCUGCCGGGACUAGGGGGGAGUUUGAAGGAUUUGUAGCGGCAGUAAACAGGCAAAUGUCCGAAAAAUUCACCAGCCUAGUAACAAACGCGGAAACCUUCCUAAACCUCUUACCGUGGAACAAAGACUUCGAGAAGGACACCUUUUUGAAACCGGACUUUACCUCCUUGGACGUACUGACGUUCGCUGGCAGUGGUAUUCCCGCGGGAAUUAACAUUCCAAACUACGAUUCGAUCAGGCAAACGGAGGGUUUCAAGAACGUCUCGUUGGGCAACGUGAUCCCGGCCAGCUACCAACAGUCGGUCACCCCGUUUUUAAGCAAAGAAGACGCGGAUUUGUUGCAAAAAUGGCGGGUACCGGCAUUCGAACUUCAAGUGGGGCUUCACGAACUGUUAGGCCACGGAUCUGGCAAAUUGCUAAGAAAAGAAGCGGAUGGCACCGCGAACUUCCCCGACACCCUUUUGGAUCCAUUUACAGGUAAACCCCCGGCCACGUGGUACAAACCGGGUGAUACGUACGACACCCAAUUCGGACCUCUCGGUUCGACUUACGAAGAAUGCAGAGCGGAAGCGGUCGGGCUCUAUCUCAGUUUAGAACCGGAGGUUUUAAAGAUUUUCGGACACGAGGGCGCCCAAGCGGAAGAAGUGACGUACGUCAAUUGGCUGUCGUUGGUUUGGGCCGGUGCCGGCAGGGGGCUGGAGUCUUGGGAACCGGGCAGAGGAUGGCUGCAAGCCCACGCGCAGGCGAGAUUCGUGCUGUCCCGUGUCCUAAUCCAAGCCGGGGUGGUAAAAGUGACCCAACCGAACGACGACGAUCUCCUGAUCACGUUGGACAGAUCGGCCAUACGUGGGGCGGGCCGUUGCGCCAUCGGACGGUUCCUUUUAGAACUGCAAGUGCUGAAAGCGACAGCCAACGUAUCAGCCGCGGAAAAACUGUACAACCAUUACGCGGAAGUGACCGAACCGUGGCUCAGUUGGAGAUCGAUCGUUUUAGCGAAGAAACAGCCGAGGAAAAUCUUCAUUCAGGCCAACACCGAGUUGGGGGAAAACGGUAAAGUGAAGUUGAAACAUUACGAGGCGAGUGUCGAAGGAUUGAUCCGGUCUUGGGUGGAGCGGUUCGAUAAUGCGCCGUUUAUUUACGAGGCUCUGUUGGAACAAACGAGGAUCAAUGCGGAACAUUUUUAAGCGCCUUUAAAUGCCUACUUUUGUAUUUUUUAAUUAUUAUUAAUAAUAAUACUUGUGAUGCGUAAAUGUUUAUAGCAAUUAUACAAUAUAAUGUGAGAAAAAUAAACUGAUUUUUAGAAAAA